UGCGCAGCCGUUGGAGCCCCCAAGCAAACUCAAUUACCACUGCUACUUCAACUUCUCCCGCCGGCCGAUGCUUCCGGCGCCGGUAGUCGCCGGUCGAUGCUCCCUCGCUCGCUCCGUCAAUGACUCCCUCCUUAAUAGCCCUAUAUUUCUUUCAAUCUAGAAAGUGAUGGCUUGCUCACUAUCGUUUCUUGUUAUUGUAUUUUCAAGAGACUAGCAUGUAUUCUGUAGCUCUCUUUGGUCAAAGAGUUAUUCAAAGAUUCUCAUAUUUUAGCAGCUUUUCACGGUUUUUAUGUAAUCAACAAUCUAACACUGAUGGCACUGGAAAUGGUUUUGGAAAAAUUGAGGAUUACUUGAACGAGAGCUGGAAGAGUAUCAACUCCGAUAAUAGUAUGAAGGAUAAUGUUGACUUUAUUGGAAUCAAUGGCUGCUAUGAAGGCCAUUUCCAACAAAAUUUUGCAAGUAGGCACAACUUUAUUGAGAAAGUGAGAAAUGAGGCUAGUAUGAUUCUUGAAAUUCUUCAACAAGAUGGUCCAGGAUUUGAUGCAAAAGCAGCUUUAGAUAAUUCUCAUAUUACAGUUUCAAGCCUGCUUGUGAGAGAGGUUCUUCUAGGUAUCUUGAAAACAAUAAAUUAUGCAAAUAAAAAUAGGUGUGCAAAGCUGGGGUACAAGUUUUUUGUAUGGUCUGGUCAACAAGAAAAUUACCGACAUACAGCAAAUUCAUACCAUCUGAUAAUGAAGAUUUUUGCAGAGUCUGACGAAUUCAAGGCUAUGUGGAGAUUGGUAGAUGAGAUGAUUGAGAAAGGAUACCCUACAACUGCUAGGACAUUUAAUUUGUUGAUAUGUACUUGUGGAGAGGCAGGUUUGGCUAGAAAAGUAGUAGAGAGGUUUAUUAAGUCAAAGACAUUCAAUUAUAGACCAUUCAGGCAUUCAUUUAAUGCAAUUUUGCAUUCCCUUCUGGGUGUAAAUCAGUACAGGUUAAUUGAGUGGGUGUAUCAACAAAUGUUGGUUGAAGGUCAUAUUCCUGAUAUUUUAACUUAUAACAUUCUGCUAUGCUCGAAAUAUAGGCUGGGAAAGCUGGAUCAGUUUCAUAGAUUAUUAGAUGAAAUGGGUCGGAAUGGGUUUUCACCUGAUUUUUACACAUUUAACAUCCUUCUUCAUGUUCUUGGUAAAGGAGACAAACCGCUAGCAGCAGUCAACCUUCUAAACCACAUGAAAGAAGUUGGUUAUGAACCAAGCAUUCUCCAUUUUACCACUUUGAUUGAUGGGCUAAGUCGGGCCGGUAAUUUGGAUGCAUGCAAAUAUUUCUUUGAAGAGAUGAUUAGGCAAGGCUGUGUGCCUGAUGUUGUGUGUUACACUGUUAUGAUAACAGGAUAUGUUGUGGCUGGGGAACUUGAUAAAGCUCAAGAACUAUUUACUGACAUGAUCGUCAAUGGACAGUUGCCAAAUGUGUUUACUUACAAUUCCAUGAUCCGUGGGCUCUGUAUGGCUGAGAAAUUUGAUGAGGCGUGCAUGAUGGUGAAAGAAAUGGAAUUGAGGGGUUGUAAUCCAAAUUUUAUGGUGUAUAGUACUUUAGUCAGUUACUUGAAAAAUGCUGGAAAGCUGUCUAAAGCUCAUGAAGUAAUAAGACAUAUGGUGGAUAAAGGACAGUAUAUCCAUCUCGUUCCAAAGUUCAAAAGAUAUAGAAGAUGUUAAAGAGGUAAUGCUGCCGCUGUUGGUGCUUGCAAUUUGACUGGUGUCAUGAGUUCACAGGUCCACCUCUCUACAAUCUGCUGCAAAAAAGCAGCAACCGAAGGAAAAGGGUUCCUAGAAUUUUCGUGGAAUAAGAAGGGUAGAAUGUAACGUGCAAGUAUUAUUCAAUAAGGACC